AUGGAAGCCCAACAAAAUAAUGUUACAACCAAUAAUUCUGAUGUCACAAUGGCUGAAACUGCCAAUCAGUUGGUCAAACAAAUAACUGUGCCAUCCGAGGGAGUGCCCGAAAGAAGCAUUUUCAAACUCCUUGAAGAAGACCCCUUGAAACACUUAGACUACAUCCAGACUCUAGGUGUUCAAGAUAAGUCGCUCAUGCCAAGACUCGCAAGUCACGCAUCUGGGAAGGCUAUCGAAAUAAUCUGCGAAAAAAUACUCCACAAAAGAAGUAAUAUAAAGGAGGAUUUUCUUGAUGUUUUCUACCUAUUCUUUUUCCCGUACUUUUUACAAAGAAAAUACACUUGGUUCUGUUUGCACUUGCUUGUAAAAGCAAGCAAAGCACAUCCGAAUCGUUUCCAGACGACCAUGAAGACAUUAUUGGUGAACACAAAGAUCCAGAGCUGCAUCCUCCAAGACUACGUACAGCGGCUCAAUGAAGUAGAGUGUGCUAAGAUGUUGCAGUUGUAUGAAGAACUAUACUUCAAUGCAGAAACAUUCGCUCAUAUUUUACCCGUGACAUAUCUGUUAUGUAAAAAUGGUGGUAUGACGGACGACACCUUUCCUCUUAUCUACUCUGGGCUAAACAGGUAUCGUGAUUUUUGUGCUCAAAACAAAAACUACGGUAAAUUAUUAUUGUUCGUCGUCCAAAAUGUGCAUGAACGGAAUGUACGGCCAAAACACUUAAAGAAACUGAUCCAGGCCCAUCGGACUAUUUAUAAAAGUCUGUGCAGAUUUGCGUUCGUAAAAUUUCUUCUUAAAUUAGAGAAUCAACAAGAAGAAAUUUAUUUUGAGCCUCUGAUUACAGUACCAAGGCCACUAGAUGUAUUGCAAAUUUAG